AUGGCCUGGCAGGCUCCGAUUGGGAAACCAGCUACGCCGUCUCCACCAGCCAACCAGCAGCCUAUCAAAUCUCCCAUCAACAACCGCGAGCAGUUGGCGCAGAAAUCUAAAGGUGAACUCAAGCUCGCACUUGAGAAGCUGUCCAUGAAGAAGAAAGAGCUCCGAGAGAAGCAGACUGUGAAACGAACUUCGCUGGAGGAUGAUUUGAGCUACAUGGACAAUUUGCACACUUCAAAUCCAGGCCUUUCGGCAUUGCCAAACAAAUACUCUUCUGAUUUGCAGAAACAAUCUUCUAGGGAAACAAGCAGGCUGCAGUUCGAUGGUAACUUCCAAGAGAGGAAUACCAUCAACCGAAACGAUGGCACCAAUGAAGGAUUGAAGCAGAGUUCUGGGGUGGGAAUCAAGCCUGAAACCAAGAGAGAGGUCAGAAUCAAGCUUGAAGAGGUCGCGGAGCCAUCUUUGGGUCGGCAAAAUGUCCUGGAAGGCUCACAUCAAAGAGCUUUGAUUGAUGACCUCGAGAAAUACGUUCAAACUCAGGGCCAAGUUCAUGUGCCACCAGCAGACAAUUUUCUCGAGACAAGCCUCAAGAGAUUGAAACUUCCACCACAACAGGAAUUGAGCGUCCCAGAACCUACCAUUCCGAGCCGCGAUGCCUCUCCUACACCUGCGAGUAACGUCGAUAAGUUCAAGUGGUCUAAGAUUAGGGAUCCGAUGGAUUCUCUGGUCAACUCCUCCUUCACCAAUCAAGUCUCAGACAGUGCAAUUAAUAAUCCUACUCCUUUGGGAAAGAUCCUGAGCCAUAGCAAUAAACAGGUGAUGGCCGUCUGGCCUCUAGUCAACGACGUCCCAACUGGUCCUCAUACUUGGGCAAACCGUCCAUCUUUGGCGAAACCAGAGAGGGAUGGUUUGACUUUGAAUGGUCCAAAUCAUCUGUCUUCUUGUGAAACUCUCGAGGAACAUCCAGACAAGGAUACCCUCACCAGAGAGCAAACAGUAGAGAAGAAGACCCCCUCAGUAGCCGGAUCUUCCAAAGCAUCGGUAGCCUCAUCCUUCGAACCAGACUGGUGCUUGAGAUAUGCGAGCAUGGAGGAACAUCAAAACCUUCUUCGCUCAGUCGACGAGGAGAAAUACCAAGCGCGCCUGAACGGAAGCUACCUGCCACCCAAGAUUCCGGAACAUUGCUUCGCAGACCCAGAUUGGCUUCCGUAUCACUGUUUCACCUGCGACCAGACCAGGAACACUUGUAACGGACUCAAGACCCACCUGCGACUGCGACACUCUACCAUCAUGGUGGACAAGGACGACUUCCGAAAAAGGCUGGGAGAUCACGAGAGACGAGAAUUGACGCUGCAUAUCGUGCCGGUAGUUGUGUUACUUCGAGACUCUUGA